CUUCGUCGUUAGAACUGUAAUUACUGUGAUUACCUUACCGAAUAACCAGUACUUUGUGACAGAAAUUAGAGGUUGGCUCUUAUUGAAUUAUAUUAGUGUGUUAUAAACAGAAUGUGGCUCAAUUAGAACCGAGACUUCCGUGCAACCGGUGGAAACGGAAUUUCGCGAAUAUGCACUGCACUUUUUCUUAUCAAGUUCAGGCGCAAUCGCCUCAUGUUGCUGAUGGAGCGGAGUAUUUGGAGGAUCACCCUAGCCUACGGGGCACCCCUCUGGCGAUGUUGGCAGCCCAAUGCAACAAGCUGUCUAAUAAGUCACCACCUCCUUUGGCUGAUGCUGCUGUCGGAAAAGGCUUUCACCCAUGGAAAAAGAGUCCACAAGGAGCACCAUCACCAGGAAUUGGAGUUUCAUCAUCUUCUAAUUCUCUCCAGAGAUCUUCGGCUUCGAACCCUACGUACUCCAGGCCAGUUAUGACAUCGUGCUCCAGUGUUCCCACCACCGCAUCCUAUGGAAGUGACCUUUACUUUCCAGGAGCUACGACUCAACCUGCAGUCGCAGAUAACUCUCAUAUGCACCACCACCAGAGUUCACUAUUGGGAAAAGUAGAGGGAGCAGCUACUGCCCAUCAUUUGGGAUCGGUUUACUCUAGACAUCCAUAUGAAACUUGGCCUUUCAAUACGAUGUCCAGUGCAACGCACCAUAGUGGAAUCAAAAGUGACUCGGUUACUUCAGCUAAUGCUUGGUGGGACGUUCACUCAACUGCUGGAAGUUGGUUAGACAUGAGUGGAGCUGCUGGAAUGCAUGCCCAAAUGGCAGCAGCUAACUAUUCAACUGACUAUUCCAGCUUAACUCAUUCUCUCGCGGCUUCUAAUCACCUCCUCUCCUCUGGACAACAUUUGUUACAAGACACAUAUAAAUCCAUGUUGCCAGGUGCUCAGACUGUAGGUGCUUCAUUUGGUUUGCAUGGACCUGGAUCAGCACCUUCACCUACGGGUGGCGGUGGUGGCUUACCUCCUCAAGUCCCCUCACCAAGAUCCCAGAGGAGAUAUACUGGAAGAGCAACCUGUGACUGUCCCAAUUGCCAAGAAGCUGAACGACUGGGACCCGCAGGUGUACACUUAAGAAAGAAAAAUAUUCACAGCUGUCACAUUCCUGGUUGCGGAAAAGUUUAUGGAAAGACGUCCCAUUUGAAAGCUCACCUUCGAUGGCACACUGGCGAAAGACCAUUUGUAUGUAACUGGCUGUUUUGUGGCAAAAGAUUCACCAGGUCAGACGAGCUUCAGAGGCACCUCAGGACCCAUACAGGUGAAAAACGAUUUGCCUGUCCAGUUUGUAAUAAGAGAUUCAUGAGGUCAGACCACUUAGCUAAACAUGUUAAAACUCAUAAUGGUAAUGGUAAGAAAGGAAGUUCAGAUAGUUGCAGUGAUUCUGAAGAAAACAGCCAAAGCGAUAUGACGAAUAAUGUUAAUUCUCCUGCGUCGAUGAAUCAAACGCCUCCACCUUCGAACAUGGGCCUAGAUAUGGUGACGGGACUAGACGUUAAACCUCCGGGUCUGGUUUGAGGCAGGUGGGGCCCUACGCUGCUGUAUCCCAGCUACCCCCGCUAGCGUGCGGCCCCCGCUAAAAGUGAUACUCUAUGUAAAAUUUGUAAAUAAAAUGAAGGUUAUGUGAAUGGACAAAGCUUCAGUUAUUAUUCUUUGCUAAUUUGACUGUAAAUAUUAUAUAUAUAUCUGAAAAUUUGUGUAAGUAAAUGGUGAAUGUGAAACGUGUCUUUUAAAUGUUGUCACAUAUCAUCUUUAUAAUUUUUUGAGCUUUUCAUUAAUUUUCCACCCACAUUCAUUGAGACAUUAUAUAAUUAUUUAUGAAUAUUGUAACACUCUAUGUUUCUCCCGCCAAAGAGGGCUGUAUUUUCUGUAAAUUAUACCAAGUAAAAUUAUUCUCUAAGAGCUUUUGUGAACACGUUAAAGAUAAAAUAUAAUUUGAAGUCUGGAUAAUCAG